CGGAAGUGCGAGGGAGAGGAGAGCCACGUGGGUGGAGCUGGAGUGCAGCUCGCAUGGGGGAGUCUAUCCCGCUGGCCGCCCCGGUCCCGGUGGAACAGGCGGUGCUGGAGACGUUCUUUUCUCACCUGGGUAUCUUCUCUUACGACAAGGCCAAGGACAAUGUGGAGAAGGAACGAGAGGCCAACAAGAGCGCGGGGGGCAGCUGGCUGUCGCUGCUGGCGGCCUUGGCCCACCUGGCCGCGGCCGAGAAGGUCUAUCACAGCCUCACCUACCUGGGGCAAAAACUAGGGGGCCAGUCUUUCUUCAGCAGGAAGGACUCCAUCCGCACCAUCUAUACUUCCCUGCAUAAUGAGCUGAAGAAGGUGGUGACUGGCCGUGGGGCCCUGGGGGGCACCGCCCCCCACGUGGAAGAACUCCUGUCCCACCUGUCAGAGCAGCUCUGCUUCUUCGUUCAGGCUCGCAUGGAGAUCGCAGACUUCUACGAGAAGAUGUACACCCUCAGCACACAGAAGUUCAUCAAUGCCGAAGAGCUCGUUGGCCUUCUGGACACCAUCCUCAGGAGAUACAGCUCCAGGUUUCACCACCCCAUCCUCAGUCCUUUGGAAAGCGGUUUCCAGCUGGAAGUCGAUGUCCUGAGCCAUCUCCUGAAGGCCCAGGCUCAGGUCUCAGAGUGGAAGUUCCUCCCGUCUCUGGUUAACUUGCACAACGCUCACAGCAAGCUGCAGACAUGGGGCCAGAUCUUUGAAAAGCAGCGGGAGACCAAGAAACACCUGUUUGGGGGGCAGUCUCAGAAGGCCGUCCAGCCCCCACACCUUUACCUUUGGCUGAUGAAACUCAAAAACAUGCUUCUUGCCAAAUUUAGCUUUUACUUUCAUGAAGCACUGAGCCGACAAACGACUGCUUCAGAAAUGAAAACGUUGACGGCAAAAGCCAACCCAGACCUUUUUGGAAAGAUUUCUAGCUUCAUCAGGAAAUAUGAUGCUGCCAAUGUGUCCUUAAUCUUUGACAACCGAGGGUCCGAGAGCUUUCAGGGUCACGGCUACCACCACCCCCAUUCCUACAGAGAGGCCCCCAAGGGAGUGGACCAGUAUCCAGCUGUGGUGUCUCUGCCCAGCGACAGGCCUGUCAUGCACUGGCCCAAUGUCAUCAUGAUCAUGACGGACCGCGCUUCCGACUUGAACAGCUUGGAGAAAGUCGUUCACUUCUAUGACGACAAAGUUCAGAGCACCUACUUCCUGACCCGCCCGGAACCUCAUUUUACCAUUGUUGUCAUUUUUGAGUCAAAGAAAUCCGAAAGAGACUCCCACUUUAUUUCCUUCCUCAAUGAGCUCUCACUUGCCCUUAAGAACCCCAAAGUUUUUGCAAGUCUGAAACCUGGAUCCAAAGGUGAUUCCCCCCUCUACAUUCUCUACAUUUCCUGUUAUCAAUGCAAUUAUUUCAUGGCCUUUUGCCUGAGUAAUUCUAAAUUGCUUGUCCAGAGGAAAUAGAUGUGCCAUUCUGCUGUUGGAGACUUCUCUUGAUAUCAUGUAAAUCCAUAAGGCUUCAUGAACACCAAGUAUUUUGACUUGUCUGUGUAUUUUUUCAAUCUGGUUUUGAUAAUAAAGUCUGUUCCUGGGAUACUUUAAAUUUAAAACCAUAUGGUAUGAGUAAGAUAUCAACGCUAGAAAAUGGAGAGCUGCAAAUGGGUUCCCCUUUCUGUAGCCACGUACCUAAUGUCAGAACCUGGGCAUAGGGUUCUGAGUGACGGUUUACCUCAGGGAGGGUCAUGAGAGGUGACUGUUGGGGUGCAUUCUGAAAGAGGACUCAGCCAUGCAGUGGAAAUAGCAGGAAUAUGUAGGAUGGCACU